AUGGAGUCGGCGCAAUGGAAGUCGUCGGUGGUCACGCUCGCAGCGGUGAGCGUGGCCGCGAUCGUCUCGCUCUUCCUGCUGUUCAACAAGGGGUCAGGCCCCAGCCAGUAUUCCGCCUCUUGGAUUAUGACGACGCACCACAACUACUGGAACGGGGCCGGAGCGACAGCUGGCGGGCUCCACUACUGCAAGGCAAACCCGUUUAUGAUUCCUGAGCUGUUUGGAGACUAUGAGGGGAUUGUGCGAGCUGAGGAGGCAGCUUUGGAGUGGAGCAAGAAUCUGUUGGCGAUCGACGACAAGCUGUAUGAGGGGAUCCCCCAUCUGACGGACAACACCAUCUCGCUGCGCGAGAGCCACGAGCCGGGGGGCCACAAGAGGUUCAACAGCGUGCACCUGUGGGAGGCCAAGUGCUUGGAAAUAGAGAGGAUGGGCGGCGUGGAAGCGGUCAGUGGGGAUGGCGGGAAGCUGCUGUGCGGAAUUGACCGCAUCAUGGGCACGCAACCGGACUGCACCGUCUUCUCUCUGGGCAGCAACAACGACUUCUCCUUCGAGGACAGCAUCGCAAAAACAACCAAGUGCCAUCUCCAAACGUUCGACUGCACCGUGCGCCAGCCCAGGGUGCCCGAUGACAUCAGCGACCGCGUCACGUUCCACCAGAUCUGCCUGGGCACCGCAAAGGAAACGAAGGGCGAACUGGAGUUUAUGUCGAUCGUGGACGUUGCGGCUCUGCUGGGGCAGACCUCGCCGCCCAACUUGUUCAAGAUGGAUAUCGAGGGCGGAGAAUGGGACGUCUUCCAGGACCUUCUGAGGUCCGAGAGCGCCCACCUGUUGCCUUACCAGCUGUCACUCGAGUUGCACUGGUGCAUGAGCGGGAGGCGGAAGACCGUUGCCGACGUCGCUAUGCUGAUGCAUCUGUUGUACGACGUCGGCUAUCGCGUGAUCUCCCGUGAGGACAACGUUCUUUGCGAGUGCUGCACGGAGCUGACCUUUAUCCGAGCGUUCUGUUAG